GCGACAUCCUCCAUUCGAAGCUGGAGAGCGGCCGAUUCCCCUCCCUCGCAUAAAAAAGGAUUAGCUACCAUUGCGGAUUCCUCUCCGAACAUGUCGAGGUAAACGGUAAAGACAUCUCGAAGUCGAAACGUGAAGAAGUUUUGGAAGCUUUCCGUCCAACUAAAGAGCCCAUCGUCAUUGAAAUCAGCCAUCGACAAAACCCACAACCUAUUUCAGGCCCAUCCCCAAAAGCGAGCAUGGAAUCAGAAUCAGCAACUUCUCCGUCGUCAUCUUUCGUGUACUGUGACAGCUGCACCCAGACCGAGUGGACAGGAGGCUGGGAAUCGCCCCCUAUAGGGUUGUUUCCUUUCAGUCAAAACAAUCUCAUCCAAUCAUCGGGUAUAUUGUUUGGACACGACGACGAUGUUGAGCAUCACUAUGAAACCCUGGAGGAAGCGUUUGGUCAGGAAGAUGAUGAUGAAGUCGGGUGUGAGCUCGAAUACGAAGAAGUAACACUUCAUCGUAACCACUGCGACGAAAAGUUGGGAUUGACCCUUUGCUACGCUUCACCUGAUGAUGCUGAAACUAAUAUAUUCAUCAGUGAAAUUGAGGUGAACAGUUUAGCUUCGAAGGAUGGUAGAAUCAUGGAAGGUGAUCAACUGCUCCAGGUAAACGGGAUUGAUGUCCAUAACCGGGAGCAAGCGGUUUCUCUUUUCUCCAGCAAAGAACCAGACAUCACGUUACUGCUUUCUCGGCCUCAAAUUCAGGGAGAUGAAGAUGAAGACGAAGAAGAAGAUGAUCGCCUGAAGCUGGAAGACAUUUCCAAGGAAAUUUACAUGAUAAAGCAGCAUCGAAAUAAUGCCGAAGACCAAGACUUUAAAGAUGAGCACAUAAAGGAUAAAGCAACGGAGAGUAACUUUUCUAAAGAUUGGAGUUUUGUCGGCAGCCGAAUUCUUGUUCCCCAAAGUGCAGUUCCUAAUUUUGAGAAAAAUUUUGAGCUGUCAGUAAAAGAAGGUGAAUUAGUUGAAAAAUGUGUUAGUACAAGCACUACGAGUCUCGCUGAUGUUAGUCCCGACCACUUUUCCGGAAAAGCUAAUACAUUAGAUACCGGACAACAGCAGUCAGAAGAAGAUUCCAAGUCAAUUUUUCGAGUGCAGUCUGAUACAAGUUUAGACAAAGAAAUGGCUGCUUUGAACAAAGAAAUGCAAAGUAUACAAAUAGAGUGUGAAUCGUUAGUUAGUCGUCAUAUCAGAGAACAGUGGUUUCGCUGUCGUGCUGGACAUCAAUACGUAGCAUUUGGUGAUUUAAGAACUACGACCAUGGAGCAUCUCGGUUCUGUGACGAUCUCAAAUUGUGUAAGCAAUGAAACUAAAGGAACGACAGUCCCAACUGCUGACACUUCGCUGCCUUCAUUGCCAAUAGAAAGUAACCUUUUAAAACAUAAAAAAGAGAGCGUUGCUCAGUGGGUAAAGAGUGUAGCUUUUGAAAGCAAACACAGACCGAAAAAACAGAAUAAUGAAUCGUUAAUUUCUUCCUGCUUCACUAGUGAAAGUUCCAUUCGCAGCACUCCUCUCACUCUAGAUUUGUCCUCGAUCCCGGAUUACAGUAGCACAAAAGUAAAUGAAUAUCAAGAACAUUUAAAAGCUUACGCAAAUCCACCCACACUUGUUGACAAAAGUACUCAACUUUGUGAAAGUGAUGUCGCUAGUGUUGUCAGUUGUGAUACAUGCCGUUAUUGUCAAGUUCUUGUUCACCAAAAAUCUAUAUCUAGGACUUCAGAGCAAGAAACGCGCUACCUUCCGAACUUUGAAUACACUAAUCCACAGCCUCAACAAAAAUUUCAGUGGUAUGGUGCCUCACGACCAAUGAACAGGACAACCAGCAGCGAUCCUUUCGUAACAGAACCGAGUAAAAUGCCGUUAAAAGCGGCAAGUGUUACUGGAAGGGAUUUCGUUGACCGUCAAAUAGAAAAAAAUAAAAACUAUGUAACCUUUUACCCAUGUGCGACUAUGUACACUAACCAGGAAAACUUGCAACAUACUAUAUGGCUUCAACAGCAGCUAUUCAGACAAGCUUUAGCACAAAAACAUUACAAGAAAGCUAGUACUAUUCCAACUUGUGCUCCACUAAACAUCAAGCAAUGGAACCCAAAGUAUCCAUCAUCAUCUUUAGACAGUUUACCCCCUACAAAGAAUCAAGUCCACACCCCUUUUAUUCCUACAACAACUCUUCUUAGCACCCAACCUCUGGAAGCUACUAAGAUGAAAAGUCCUGUUAUUACACCAACUGAAGAACCUAGCGACGAAGCGAAGAUGGAAUGGAAAGUGAAAAGACGACCAGAUGGCACUAGAUACAUAACUCGGCGGCCAAUGCGGAAUAAAAUUUUGAAAGAAAGAGCAAUGCAAAUAAUGGAAGAACGUUGUGGCAUAACAACUGAUGACGACGCUGCGAGUGAACUAAAAAUCGGAAAAUACUGGUCUCGAGAAGAACGCAAAAGACAUUUAGAGAAAGCACGUGACCGAAAACAACGAAAGGAGAUUUUGAUGAAAUCAAUUAAAAUUACAGAUGUAGUACAUAAAAACGAAGAUGAUGAUUCCAGUCAAGGGAAACGUGAUGCUUUUGUUAGCACUGUCUUGAUGAAGAAAAGAUCUUGUUACAGUAGCAGUCGAAGAAAACUAAGAAUUCCAUCUACGCCAUCUUCUACUGUCCUUGAUGAUUGUCCGGCUGCUGGUCACAGUGGCACAUUUGGUAUACUUUCAGUGACUACUGUAUAG